UCCCCUUCCCCUUCCUCUCCUCAUCCCUCCUCCGUAGCUUGAAGUAGCUGGGAAGCCAAAGAUGCGGUCCCCCUCCCCCUCACUUUCGACGCUCGCCGUCCUUCUCGCCGCCGUCGUCUCGCCCGUUAUUGCGGGUACGAAGGAGAUAUGGUGGAAUAUCACCUAUGUCGAGGACGCGAACCCGGAUGGUCUGUAUCCGAGGCGUGUUAUUGGUGUUAAUGGCACUUGGCCUCCGCCGAUGAUCGAAGUCAACUCGACCGACGACCUCCUCGUGCACGCUCUCAACUCGCUCGACGAGCCGACUUCGAUACAUCACCAUGGCAUGUUCUUCAAUUCGACGUCGUGGAUGGACGGUGCUGUUAUGGUUUCUCAGUGCGGUAUCCCCGUCGGCGAGUCGUUCGAUUAUACCGUUCCUAUCAGUACUUCGGGCCAGCACGGCACUUACUGGGCGCACUCGCAUUACUCCGGCCAAUACGUCGACGGCCUCCGCACCGGCGUCAUCAUCCACCCAGAAUCCGAAGUCCACGCUUACGACGCCGAAUACACUAUCAUCCUCGGCGACUGGUAUCAUGACCAACAGUCUGAUUUGCUCGAGCAGUUCAUUAAUAUCGCGAAUCCGGGUGGGGCGGAGCCUGUUCCUGAUUCCGCCCUAAUCUACUUCACCCAAAACUCUUCCUACCUCUCCCCCAUCUCCGGCACCUCCCCCAGUGGUGGGCCCACAUCGGCGGUCGGGUUCAACGAGAACGCGACGUUGCCGUUCGAAGGGGGGAAGACGUAUAGGUUGAGGGUGAUCAAUACUUCUGCGUUUGCGAUGUUUUAUUUUUGGAUUGAUGGGCAUGAGAUGAGGGUUGUUGAGGCGGAUGGGAUCGACACCGAAGAAUAUCCAACAGAUAUGCUCUCCAUCACCGUCGCGCAGCGGUACUCUAUCCUCGUCACGGCGAGGAACGAUAGUAGUCCGAGUAAUUGGGCGAUUCAUGCGAAUAUGGAUACGGAUAUGUUUGAUACGGUGCCUGAUACUUUGAAUCCUAACGUGACCUCCUCAAUAACAUACGACUCCUCCGCCUCAACAACCGACUCCGGCUUCGUAGACGAAUACGCAAUGUUGAACGACACCGCGCUCGUGCCGAGUGAGGUCGUGGCGAUGUAUCCGCCGGCGGAUGUUACGAUUCCGUUGUUGGUGUUUUUUGAUACUAUGGAUGAUGGCACGAACCACGCGAUGUUCAACGACAUCACCUACAACGCCCCCCUCGUCCCCGGCAUCCUCUCCGAGCUCACACUGGGCGAGAACGCGACGGUGGUGAGCGCGUAUGGACAGACGAGUUAUGUGUGGAAUCAUUUGGAUGUGAUUGAUAUCGUGCUUAUGAAUGGGGAUGCGGGGAAGCAUCCUUUCCACCUCCACGGCCACACCAUGCAACUCAUCAACCGCGCCGACGACUACACCUCCGACGACCCGACCCUCAACCCGCCCAUCAUAGAAGGCCAAGCGAACCCGAUGAGGCGGGACACGGUCCAUGUCCCGUCUGGGUCGAGUGUCACGCUGAGAGUUGUGGCGGAUAAUCCGGGGGUUUGGUUCUUCCAUUGCCACAUCGAAUGGCACCUCGAAGUCGGCCUCGCCGUAACCUUCAUCGAAGCCCCGCUAAUCGCCCAAUCCCGCGCCUCGAACGUCUCCGACCCAUACUACACCGGUCCAUUACCCUCUUCCCUCACGGACCAGUGCGAGGCGCUCGGGUUCGCGACGAGCGGGAAUGCGGUGGGCAAGGCGAGUACGACGGAUUUGGAGGGGUUGCCUAGUGGGCCUUAUGAGCAGAAUAAUGGGUGGCAUGCGAAGGGGAUUUGGGCGAUGUUUGGAUGCGUCCUCAGCGCCGUCCUCGGCAUGUGCACCGUCGUGUGGUACUCCACCGGCGGACCGACCCUUUCCGAAGAAGAGAUCGAGGACGAGGUCAGGCAGGCGAGGGCGGCGAAACAGGCGAGGGGGAAGUUCUUUGGGUUGGUUAAGCCGAGGGCGGCGGCUUGAGCUGGUUAAGCCGAGUGCGGCUGCUUGAGCUUGUCGAGGGUUUUGCGUUCGAGGGGUUUGUUGGGUCGGUUUUGAGUUUUGGGCGUUGCGUUGGGUGAGCUAGGAGACGGUGGUCCUUCAACGUCAGAGUACGAGUGCGAGGGUGAGCCUGCGGAGGCUUGUACUGUACAUAUGUUCCGGCAUGGUGUCGACGACGAAGACGGAGAAAAGUAACCUGUGGGUUCGGGUUGGGGACAUCCCUAGACAUGCUGACGAUGCGACGAUGUAUAGUAAUGUUAUUUGACGGCGUUACGGUUACGGCUACGUUUAUGCUCUCUUUCUUUCUUUCUUUCUUUUUUUACCUCCUGUUUUCUUGUUUUUAUGCGAUUUUCUCAGUUUCAGUUUGUUUUUGGUACCGGUUGGUAGUUGUCGGUGGUCGUGUAAUGGGAAUUCG